CCGACUCAGCUGUCAGUUCUGUUGUUAAAGCCUUCAAUGCUGCUGCACUGGCUCUGCUUCUCACACGCUUUUAUCCUUUAAUCAACACCGUAGCUGCAGUAAUGUUAUGGACAGGCUUAAAGCAGAGAUGAUCUGACUGCCGGGAUUUUCAGUAGAAUUCAAUACAUUUAGACCAGCUUAGUCCUGAAAACCCUGGUGAGAUGCAUUCACUGUCUCAGGAGAUCCAGGGCUUCUCCAAAGCCCGUCUGAAGAAACAGUGCACACAUGUUACCACUGUGACAGGCAGGAAGCUGCUGGAGAGGAGAGGAGGUGAUGGAGGAGAGGGAGAGGUGGAGGUUGAGGAGCUGAAGGAGGGAGGCGGAUAUGGAUUUGUAGAAGAUAAUAGUCUGGAUCUACGAGUUGGUGUCGUCAGACCCUUCCUACUGCUGGCCUCUCAGGAUGCAGCGCAUGACAUUGACACCCUGCAGAGACAUAAGGUGUCUCAUGUGCUGAAUGUGGCCUACGGAGUGACUAACCUGUUCCCAGAUCAGUUGAUUUAUAAGACGCUGCAGAUCCUCGACCUCCCAGACACAGACAUCACUUCGUAUCUUGGGGAAUGCAGCUCCUUCAUUGAUCAGGCACAAGAACAGGGCGGUGUGGUGCUGGUCCACUGUAACGCAGGCGUAUCACGCUCCUCCUCCAUCGUCAUUGGCUACCUGAUGUUGAGGGAGGGGCUGUCGUUCAAUGAUGCAUACGGCAAGGUGAAGCUGGCGAGGCCCUCAACUCGCCCCAACCCCGGCUUCUACCAGCAAUUGCAGACCUACAAACCAUAAAGAUGCAUUCAUUAUUUAUUUUCAGCCACUUGGGGGCAUCAGAAACAAGAACAGUAACAUAUCACUACCCUUUCAGGGGAGAGUUCAGAUUUUUUGAAGUGGGGUUGUAUGAGGUCAGCAUGUCCACAGUGUGGAGAAGCAGGCAGGAGAAACAACACAGAAGUUAGAAAAUGUCUCACCACUUUCCAUUUCCGGUCAGGCUGCAAUCUCCGUGCCUGAGCAGGGAGGCCAACCAGGAAGUGCCUUAAGCCUGCAAUCCACCGAAAAUUCCAGCAGGGGGUGCUAAGUUUGGCUGCAAAAAAAAUCUGCCCAUUCAUUUCAGUGCAAAAUCUGAAAACUUCUCACUUGAUUUAUUACCUCGGAUAACACACUAAUAAAAAAUCAUCUUCAAGACAAU